CAGAGUGUUGCUCGCGGCGGGACGGCGAUGGCGAGGGCUGCCCCGGGCGCCGCGGCGCGGAGGACUUGAAGCGCCGCCACUGCUGCUAGGCUGCCGCCGAGGAUGGGCGAGACGCAGGGAGGAGGCGCCCAGAGCAGGAGAUGAAUUAAAAUGCAGCACACGACGUGCACAGAGGACAGGAUCCACCAUGCACUGGAGAGGUGCCUUCAUGGCCUCAGCAGAAGCACUUUCUCUACUAGCACUUGGACUGCUGGGCUUUGUCUGAAUUGUUGGAGUCUCCAGGAAUUGGUCAGCCGUGAUGCAGGGAACUACCUCAUUCUUCUGGAGAAAAUCUUGCAAAAGACCCAAGAGGUCCAAGAGAAAUGCAACUAUGAUCUCUUUGCUCCUCUGGCUCUGCUCUUCAGCUCAGCUGUCAUGUGUACACCACACUUUCCUUCAGAGUCCGAUUUCCUUCUGAGAGCCAUGAGGACAUACCGUAACUUCCUCACCUGGCCUGUGCCAUACUGCAAUAUCUGCCAGGAGCUCCUGACCUUCAUCAGCAAUGAACUCAAAGCCCCAGGGAUUUCAUUUCAAAGGCUGGUUAGGGCAGAGCAGGGUCUGUCUGUAAAGAGCUGUGAGAGUUCCAUUGUAACAGUCCUGUUGCUGAACCCUUCAGAGGUUGAUGGGGAAUUUCUCUCAGUCGCUGAAAAGUUGAGCAUGGCAGAGCACUCCCAGCACACGGCACUGGUGACACUCCUGGAGCAUAUCUACCAAGCUAACUUUGGGACCAAAUAUGACCUGACAAGACUACGUCAAGUUCUCAAGCUGAAACCUUUAGAAGAGCUCAUGGAUAUAUUUGCCAGCACCACUGAAGCUCAGGAGAUGGCAGCUGCCACCAGCAAUGACCUUUCCAUGCCUAAGGAGCAGCUAGAAUCUGCUUUGCUGGAGAUUGCAAAGGCAGCUGGGCUGCCUGAAAUCACAGGGGAAGUCCAGCCUUGUAAGCUCCACCUGAUCCCCAUCCCUGUUGCCCGGUGUUACACCUACAGAUGGGAUAAGGAUAACUUUGACAUCUUGAACGAGGUACUAGACAAAGAGGGGCACUUCCCAAAGCCUGUGGUUUUGGAAGAUGAUGAUGAGGAGGAGGAAGAAGAAGAAGCUGGCUGCUACUGUCCAGAAAGAACUUCUCUGUUGACUUCCCUGGCUGCUGUCUCCAAGGAAUCUGUGUAUUCCGUAUUGUCGGACGUCAGUCCCCAUGACUCACAGGCACCGGUCCUCUCCACCCUUUCCAAAGACUCUGAGCUCUCGUUGGCCUCUAAAAAGUCCCUGAAGACUUUUGUCUCCAGCCUGAAGGAUUGCACGGACAGUGGUUAUGUGGAGGACAGUGACGAGAGCUCCCUUGAGCCAAUGGGCCGCCUGGAUCCAAAGGAGGAGAAGGCAUCUCCCAGGCACCGGUAUCGCCUGAGCAACAAGAUAAUCAAGCUGUUCAAGAGCAAGAGCCAGCUCAUCCUGGGCAAGGAAUUGCGGGACGUUUCUGAGGUGGCAUCACUCUCACUGCCACUGCGGCGAGCCGAGAGCCUCUACAACCCCGUGGUCAAAGAGCGCAUUCCCACACGCUCGCGGCGUGCACACUCUCUGCCACAGCAUGCACUGAGUGCCACGCUUUUCCAGACCCGUGGGCCGCAGAAUGCCUGUGUCCACCGCAGGCCCUUCCUGAGCUACGACGAGGACACCAAGGUCUCGACGCUGCGGGUGGUCGUGUUUGGCUCCGACCGCAUCUCUGGGAAAGUGGCCCGGGCUUACAGCCAUCUUAAAUCUCAGGAAAGCAGCUGCCCCUGGCUAACUCAGUACUUCAAACUGCAGUUUUACUAUGUCCCCGUGAAGAGGAGUGGCCCUACCUCAUCUGCACUGACCUACCCGUCUCCUUCUCCAGGAGAUCCACAUUCCCGUGCCUGUGGAUCAAUGGAUCCUAGUUUGGCAGGGGUGGAGAGCAGCACAAACGAUAUCUCGGCCUACAUUGGUAUGCUGGAUCCAUGGUACGAGCGCAAUGUUCUUGGGCUAAUGAACCUUCCCACAAAUGUUUUAUGCCAGCAAUCAGCCAAACCUGAGGGUGAGCUCCUAGAAGAUACAGCAGAGCAGCUCCCCAUCCUUGCUGACAUGAUCCUUUAUUACUGUCGUUUUGCUACCCGCCCAGUGUUGCUGCAGGUCUAUCAGGUAGAGCUCACCUUCAUUGGAGGACAGACGAGGACAGAGAUCUUCAUCCACUCCCUAGAGCUGGGCCACUCAGCAGCCACACGGGCCAUCAAAGCCUCAGGUCCAGGUUGCAAGCGACUGGGCAUAGAUGGAGACAGAGAAGCAAUCCCACUAACACUACAGAUCGCCUACAGCAAGAGAGCAGUCAGUGGACGGAGCCGCUGGAAUGACACUGAGAAAGUCUGCACGACCAUCAAUCUCAGCAAGACCUGUAAGAAACAAGAAGAGCUUGAUUCAAAAACCGAAUGCUUAACUCUCACUGCAACAGAGGUAAUCAAGAGGCAGAGUUCCAAGUCCAAGAAGAGUUUCAAUCAGCAAAUCAGUGUGUCUCAGAUGAAAGUGGACAAGGUCCAGAUUAUUGGGGUGAACUGUUCCUUUGCUGUGUGCCUGGACCAGGAUGAGAAGAAGAUUCUGCAGAGUGUCACCAGGUGUGAAGUCUCUGCAUGCUACAAGCCCAAGAUCAGUGAGCCCUGUACUGAGGAGAACCCCUGUUCACUUCUCCCUACCCAGAAUUCCUCUGACUUCUGCUCUCUUCUCUGCUUACCCAUUGCUACCUUCAGUGGGGCACUGCCCUAGGGAGUCGGAAAGGAUGGAGUGAGCGAACUGCUUCCAACUCCCAGUGCUGAUCAAAGGUGCUACCAGGCAUCCAGUGGAGAUGGACACCCACUGAUAGAGGAAAACCCAGGGCGUGUGUUUUUCUGCCCAUGCUGGAUAGCUUGGCUUCAGCAGGAGCAGGGCAUGAUAGCCCUGCCAGAACUGGGAAGCAAGCACUUAACACCACUGGAAUAUGAAAGGGUUUGGUGUUUUUUAUGGGAAAGAAUAUCUGCCACCUGUGGUUUCCCCAUGAGUGCUGAAGAGGUUGCAGAUGACAUGGCAUGAAUGUGAUGGGGGCACAUCUGAAAUGCAGAGAAGUGAGAGAGU